UGCGAUAUAAGGCCUAUAUAUAAGAUUGUCUGAGCACAUUAAUCGCACACGAGUUUAUUUCACGUUCCGCGAAGGAGAUACUGAAGUUUUUUCCGGAGCACACAAGCCUAGAACCAUCAACAUGGGUGACAAACCAGACGUUUCAGAAGUUGAAACAUUUGACAAGUCAAAAUUGAAGAAGACAGCGACUCAGGAGAAGAACCCACUUCCGACCAAAGAAACAAUCGAACAAGAAAAGCAGGUGCUGUACUGUCGUGAGAUACAAUGCAAACCGUUGGCAUUUGUGGGAAAUGUGACCCUGAUUCCUGGACAAACUAGCACUUGUGCCAUCUUGGCAAAACCAGUUUCAAAAUCUACAAAGGAUCUGGACAGAAUCAUCAAAAUGGGCGACAAACCAGACGUAUCUGAAGUCACAUCAUUUGACAAAACAAAACUCAAGAAAACGGAAACUGAGGAGAAGAACACGCUCCCUAGCAAAGAAACAAUUGCUCAAGAAAAGAAGAACUAACAUGACAGUCUCCAUGGACUUGUACUUAGCACUUGUAGUUGGCAAAUUAAUUUCUACAUUGUUC